ACCUAGGAACUAAAAUAUUUGUCUCCUUCUCAACUUUGCCUGCAGUUUUCUCUCUCUCCCUCCCUUCCUCUAACCCCUCCCUCUCUCACUCCCUCCUUCCCUCCCUCUAACCCCAGCCCUCUGGCAGAACCAGGAAGUCCCUCCCCUUCACAAACUCUCUUAUGUGGAAACGAAACUGAUCUGAGUCUCUCUGUCGUCUGUCUGUGUGAGAGUGAACAACCGUCCAAAUGGCUCAACAGGGAGUUCUGCUGGACCAGGACCAGUUCUGUUGUUCUGUCUGUCUGGAUCUACUGAAGGAGCCGGUCACCAUCCACUGUGGGCACAGUUACUGUAGAAGCUGUAUUGAGGGCUGCUGGGAUCAGGAUGUUCUGAAAGGGGUCUAUAGCUGUCCUCAGUGCAGACAUACCUUCACUCCAAGGCCUACGCUGAUGAAAAAUAACAUGUUGGCUGAGGUGGUGGAGAAACUGAGGAAGACAGGACUCCAGGCUGCUCCCCCUCCUGCUCUGUGCUAUGCUGGACCUGGAGAUGUGGCGUGUGAUUUCUGCACUGGGACCAGAAAGCAGAAAGCCCUCAUGUCCUGUCUGGCAUGUCUGGCCUCUUACUGUGAGACUCACCUCCAACCUCACUAUGAAUUUCCUGGUUUCAAGAAGCACAAGCUGGUCAAAGCCACCGCACAACUACAGGAGAAGAUCUGCUCUCAUCAUGACAAACUGCUGGAGGUUUACUGUCGUACCGAUCAGCAGUGUAUCUGUCUGCUGUGUGUGAUGGAUGAACAUAAAGGCCAUGAUACAGUGUCAGCUGCAGCAGAGAGGACUGAGAAACAGAGGCAGCUGGGGAUGAGUCAGCAGAAGGUCCAGCAGAGAUUCCAGCAAAGAGAGAAGGAGCUGAAGGAGCUCCAACAGGCUGUGGAGUCUUUCAAGCGCUCUGCACAGGCAGCAGUGGAGGACAGUGAUCAGAUCUUUACUGAGCUGAUCCGCUCCAUUGAGAGAAGGAGCUCUGAGGUGAAGGAGCUGAUCAGAGCCCAAGAGAAGGCUCAAGUGAGUCAAGCUGAAGGACUCCUGGAGCAACUGAAGCAGGAGAUAGCUGAGCUGAGGAAGAGAAGCACUGAGCUGGAGCAGCUCUCACACACAGAGGAUCACAUCCAUUUCCUCCAGAGUUAUCAGUCUCUCUCCAGUAUCAGUGUAUCUUCAGACUUACCCAGCAUCGUUGUCCGUCCUCUUCAGUACUUUGGAGAUGUGAGUAAGACUGUGUCUGAACUGAGAGAGAAACUAGAAGACUUCCUUAAAGGAGAAUGGACCAAGAUCUCCACUACAGUGAAUCUAGUGGAUGUUGUACUGCCUCCAGAGCCCAAGACCAGAGAACAGUUGUUACAAUAUUCCUGUCAGCUCACACUGGACCCAAACACAGCAGACACACACCUCUCUCUGUCUGAAGGGAACAGAAAGGUGACCUAUACAGACCAAGUCCAACCAUAUCCUGACCAUCCAGACAGAUUCAUCAACUACUGUCAGGUUCUGUGUAGAGAGGGUCUGUCUGGACGCUGUUACUGGGAGGUGGAGUGGACUGGUAAUGUUUUUACAGCAGUCUCAUAUAAAGACAUCAGCAGAACAGAGACAGAUGGUGGAUUUGGAGACAAUAACAAGUCCUGGAGUUUACAGUGCUCUAGAGGUGGUUAUUGUUUCAGACACAAUAAUGUUGAGACUAAAGUAUCAGGCCCUCAGUCCUCCAGAGUAGGAGUGUACCUGGAUCACAAGGCAGGUACUCUGUCCUUCUACAGUGUCUCUGACACAAUGACCCUCCUCCACAGAGUCCAGACCACAUUCACUCAGCCCCUCUAUCCUGGGAUUAGGAUUGGAUAUUUGUGCUGGAGUUCUGCUGAGCUGGUAAACUGUAAACUGAUUUGUUAUUAAUUAAAAUUCAAUACAAUGUUUUAAUCUUGUUCAUUUCCAUGAAUCAUGAUGUCUGGUGUUGAUGUAUAUUGGUUGUCAUUCAGAACCAUUGAUAUGUUUUCUCAGUUGGUUCUCUGUCUCUAUGUAAUUCUCCUCAGUAUCAUUGAUCAGCUUGUUGGUCCUAAUUGAUGUGUUCUCUGUCACCUGGAGCUGCAUGGAAAAUGGUCCAGGAACUAAAGGACAAUUCAGGACUAGUCAGCCCACUACAAGCUGGUAUCACUUACUUUCUACUAAACUAUAUGGACUGGUUUCCCAGACACAGAUUAAUCCUAGUCCUGGACUAAAAAGUAUGUUCAAUGUAGAUGUCCAGGAAACCGGCCCUAAAUGUGUCAUCUUUCAUCCUCCCAUACUGCUCAGUCCAGCAACAUUAAACCUGUCCAGCAGGUGGUGCUAUUGACCAAACAAUAAAACCAGCAGAUAUCUUGACUUGCCACUCAGUAUAUCAGUAAUGUUCAGAAUAGUACUUUAAUAUCAUUGGAGAUUGAUGGUCUUUUUAAUCCACUAUCCAGAGUCAGGAACAGAUGAAGUUAGGUCUGCUACUGUUCAGUGAUUAAAUAUGAUUUAUGGUGAUGGGAAAUAAUAAAAAACACUAAACUUCA